AUGGUAAGCACAGGGACGCUGCUAGCUCUACUGGGCGGUUGUCUUGCGUCACUAGUCCCACUCCACUGUGCAAUGCUUGUGCUGGGCAUCGCAGCCCUGUACGCGUUGGUCUUGUGCCUCAGUUACGAGGCGGCGCGCGGACAAAGUCAAGCAGAGACUUUGUCCCUAAGUCCGACACCAGUCGAAGCACCGUAUUGCGCCAGCGUAACUGACAAAUAUGGGCAUAGUUUGGAUGUAUACGUUUCAGGCACGUCUGAAUAUGCGAUAGUGGAUGUGGAAAUCGGCGAGAGUGAGGUGGAGGAAGAGGAGGAGGCGGUGAACGAGGAGGAGGCAGCGAACAAGGAGGAGGAGGAGGCGGUGAACGAGGUAGAGGAAUCGGAUACGGAUGCGGAGACGGAGUCGGCCAUGGACUUCAAGGUGGUGACAAAUGCUUUAGGUGUCAUGGAUAGCGAUGAUGAUGACUCGACACCACGUGAUUAUGAAAGGGUUGUGGGUGGUUUGCUUUAA